AUGACGGACGACGCUGCAUCCACCACCGCUGAUAUGCUCAAGGUGUUCAACGACAUGCCCCCCUCGUUCUUUGAAGGCGUCUCCCAGGCGCUGAGCAGCCCCGUUUCGAGCUCGAGCAACCCCGAGGACGCGUCUUCCUCCCCUCCUCUGGCGCCUCCCUGCCCCUCCCCCACAACCAACAAGGACAUCAACACCGACGCCAGCACGAACCAGCCCAGCCCCGCGCACCCGACUGUCGCCCCGGCCCACGACAUGGAGAACCAGGCGCGCGACGAGUUUGACGCGGCUGCCGAGGUCAUCCACUACGACGCGCAGCGCGAGCUGGUCGCCGAAUGGGAGGCGCUGCAGGUCGAGACGGCGACGCACGUCCGCGCGUUCAGCGAGCAGGUCCUCUCGGACGCGUUCAAGCUCGUGCACGACUUCAGCCGCGCGAUGUACCAGAAGACCGAGGAGACGCGCAUCCAACUCGAGGAGACCGUCAAGGCCAUUCAGACCGAGGAAGGCAAGCAGGAACGCGCCGUCAAGCGCAUGAGGUCGUACCUCCGUCUCAGGGCCGAGGCCCGCGACCAGCUCGCGUCCUCUGACGAGGAGUAG